AUGUCCUACGUUGACUCCAAGGCCAUCUUCCGCCAAAGGUGCUUGGCGGUCGGCCUGCCCGGCGAGGUGAUUGAUCGGCUAGAACUCCGAGGGUGGGGAACUUUUGCGAACUUUGCUCAUGCACCGACAGCCACGCCGGGCACUGCGGGGGCCGAAGCGGCUGUUCGGGUGGUUCUGGAAGCUGUGUUGGGAGAUACCCACGCAUCCCAUGAUGCCGCUCUACGACGGCUUCAUUGGGAGGCUUGGACCUUGACUGCUGCAGACCUUAAACGCAAGGUCGAUGGGACAGAUGAGUCCGCACCCCGCAAAUUGCCAGUUGCUGAGAUCGGGGCACGGCUCCAAGUGCUUACUCCGAAGAUCGCGCCUUUGAAGCUUGAAGGCAUUCUGGAGCCCAGCCACGCGAGCAUAAAUCUCUUCGCAGCCAUGCUGGAUGAAGGGCGACUUCGCUACAUCGAAUGGUCGAGGCUGACCACCCGUGAUCAAGAAGUGGUUGGGGCAUCCGAGGACAACCUGCUGAAAGCUUGGAAGCCGGACAAGAGUGGAGUGGUGCGCGAGCACAAGGAUGCUCCUCGCCUUGAGGCGAAUGUGGCCACUGACCUCAUGGUUCAUCAUGCACUCCGUCGUCGGGGAGUCUGUUAUGCGAUUGCCGAGCUCAUGACCUUCGAAGUCCACGAGGCAUUGAUCAACUUCUUGUUCGACGCCUACUACAAGGAUGCACCUGAGGGGUACCAGAGGGUCACGUUGACUCAGCUCUCCAUGUGUGAUCGAGAAAUCCACCUCCGGCUCAGUGAUCAAUGUCGAGCGGGUUUUACUCUAGGCUCUGACGGAGGCCUUCCCUUGGACAGACAUCUGCCUGUAGUUCUGAAGAUGCGUUGCGUGGAGCAGCUCUUGAUUCCAAGGACCCGCGGGAGUGCUGCUCCUGCCAUUAAGACUGCCGCCAAGAGCAAGCCAAACCCUCGCAAGCGCAAGAACGGGGAUCGGUCUGUGCCUCCUCCUCCUCAACCUGUGGGGGGGCGAUCUGACAUCCGGCCAAAGAAAAGGACUCCUUAUAUGCCCGCAGCCCUCAAGGGUGGAGUUCCCGUUGAUGCCAGCGGGGCGCCGCUCUGUUGGAACUGCGAUCUUGGCAAAUGCGAGCAUGGCGAUGUGGCGCAAUGCCCUAAGGGCAAGCACCUGUGCUGCCAUCCGGGCUGUGCAGUGAUGACGGCCUCCUCAGUGGCCGGCUUUGGUGUCGAAGCUGCUGUCGAGACUGCUGGUAGUUCGUUGUGCCCUACUCUUGCUUGUGACCAUUUCGAGCUUCGCCUUGACUUAUGUUUUCCCGGGAUUACUCUGCAGCAGCAUGCGGCAGAAAUCUUCGCACGGCGAGUGCUGAUCGCUCGCCCGCCUACACGACAAGAUGUCGAGCACCUUUUUGACUUGUUGCCGCUUGAGGAAGCUUCGAGAGGCACUGAUGUUCCUUCAGCUUUUGGCUGUGGAUGUUGGGCUCGCGACCAUCGGUUCGGGCUACGACGCAACAACCAUCUUUUUCCAAUCUCAGUUCAAUUGCUCAAUGCAUUUAUCCGGCAGGUCCGGCCUGGCCAUCGGUGGACUUCUGUGGUCCUGUUUUGCGAUGUGCAGGCCCCUCGACACAAAGACCUGCGGAACAGUUUUGAUCCGAACCUCGUCGUUGCGAUCAGCGACUUCUCAGGUGGCGAAAUCUUUGUGAUUCGCCCCGAUGGACCUGCGGUUGUGCAUGAUGGUACUGCCGCUCUCCGAGGGAUCAAGCUCGACCCUCGAGUGCAACCUUGCCUGCUCCAUGCUCGCGCUGAGGAGCACCUUACGCUGCCGUGGGAAGGUCGUCGUCUCGUCUUGGUUGCCUUUUGCAUAGCUUCUGUGGGCGAGUUGACAGUUGAACAAACUACGGAGCUGGAGCAGCUUGGCUUCCGAGUACACAUACCUCCCGAGCCCAUGCCUCUCCCUAUCGCCGCUCCGGGAGGGCAACUUUGUCUUGAAAUCUUCGCUUCGCCUCCGGGCAUGUCCGCUGCGUUUCGCGACCUACAGCUCCGAACUUUGGCCUUGCACCAUUCACCCGAUCGAGCUUGUUCUGUCCCGGUCAUGCGUUGGGACGUCUGCAAAGCUGAGGAUGUCAACUUUUGCUUGCAGCGGUUGAAAGAGAAGGCCGUCGCAUUUUUGUUCGUCAUGCCGUUCGGGCCCAAGUCGUUGGCCUCCCCCAUCAUGAAACUCCUGCUGACCUGUGCAUGUUUGGGGCCGAACGCAAACGCCGUGUCAUUUUCUUGCACAAUGUGCCUGCUCUGUGCCGCCUCCAGCGACAAUGUGACGGACAACAUACCCAUCUACCUUGGACUGCUCCAGGACAACCCGACUAACGCCUUGAAAGCCAUUCUUCAAUCGGAGGCCGAAUUGCGAGCUGAAGAAGAGAUGUGUGAUGGCUUCAGGGUGCUAGGCUAUGCCAGGCCCAGCGGACAGUUCCCAGUUGCCUUCAAGCAUGCUUCUAUGACAGAGACCGAGUUGAAAGCUGCAGCACCUUGGGUAAAAGGAAUGCUUCGAGCGCCCGACUGUAGAGAAUCGGAUGAAGUUGCCAGGGCCCUUUGGGACGAGGCCGUCGAACAGGCUUCCGACGGCUCCGGGUGGCUGCAUGGUCCACUCUCCGAAGAAGAUCUUGAUCAGCUGUUCCCUGAUGGUUGGAUACCCUCCCGAAGGUUCGGUGUGGAACAGGGAGACAAAACCCGUGCCAUUGACGACCUGAGAGCGUCGAUGGUUAAUGCCACUUGCACAUCCUCCGAAAAGAUACUUCUUCAGGACAUCGAUGUUGUCGCUCAGACCGCAAAGUGCUUCAUGGAUGCUGUAAUCCGGAGAAAGAGCCCGGGGAAUCGACAGAUUGUUGGCAGAGCGCUUGACUUGAAAGCAGCGUACAAACAGCUGGCCUCCUCGCCGCUGGAUGCGUGGGCCUCCGUGCUGGCUGUGUGGGACCCUACUUGCAAGAAACAUAAGUAUUUCCGCUUCUCCACGCUCCCUUUUGGAGCGAUCCACUCAGUCACCAGCUUCAAUCGGGUUGCUCGUGCGUUGCGCCUGAUCCUCUUGAGAAUCGUAAAGCUCAUAGUGACUAGCUUUUAUGACGACUUCUGCCAAUUGGAAACUGAAGCGUUAGCCGAGUCUGCCAAAACUACUGCCGAGCUUGUCUUGCGCAUUUUAGGGUGGAAGGUUGCCGAGGACCCCAAAAAGUCCCUGCCAUUUGCCAAGGUCUUUGCCAUGCUGGGAGCCAGCUUCUCACUUGUGCGUGCCCCUUCAGGCAUCCUGGAGAUAGCAAACAAGGAAGGACGCCUUGAAUCCUUGAGAACGCUGGUGAACUCAGUCUGCGCUGAAGGUUUCGUGCAACCUGCAGUGCUUGCAAGCUUGAAAGGACGGCUCUUGUAUGCCUCGACCCAUACCUUCGGGCGCGUUGCUCUGAUGGCCGUCAAGUGCCUUUCGAGACACUUGAAAGGCGGCGGGGUGUUGAAGCUUAGCUCGGAUGAUUGUGUUCUGCUACAGCAUACUAUCGGGUUGCUUGAGGACAUGCGACCGCGAGAAAUCAAAACUGAUGCGAGUGACCGGCCGGUCAUAGUUUUCACGGAUGGCGCCCACGAGGAGGCAGAGGGUUUUACAGCUCAUGGUGGAGUCUUGAUUGACCCAGUCAGGGGAGUGCACCGCUUCUUCGGAGAGCUGAUCCCGAAAGCGUUCAUAGAUUCUUGGGGAGCUCAUGGCAAGCGUCAGCUUGUGGGCCAGGCGGAAGUCUUGCCAGUUCUCGUCGCCAAGAUCGUGUGGGCCGAGUUUCUUAAAGGCCGAAAGGUGCUGUGGUUUAUAGACAACGAUUCAGCGAAAGCAGCACUGGGCUCUGGCUCAUCCCCGGUGUUGGCAACAUGUGCAUUGCUGUGUGUCGGUGCGCACAUCGACGUGUCGCUUGAAGCGGCGCAUUGGUACGCCCGAGUGCCGUCCAAAGCAAAUCUUGCUGACGAUGCUUCACGCCUGAUCUUUGGCUCCUACGGAUCCGAGUACACCCAGACCAAUGUGGACUGGACUUGCUCGGCCCUUGAAUCCCUUUUGCGCUCAUGCACUGCGGUCACCGAUGCCUCAACACUCGAGUUGUAG